AUGAGUUUCAGAAGCAGAGCAUGGAUGGUGGCCGGAACUGUCGGAGUGGUGGAAGCCCUCAAAGAUCAAGGCUUUGCACGAUGGAACACCACCAUAUGGACCAUCCACCGCCACGCUAAGUCCAAUCUCCGAUCAAUCGCCCAUGCCAAAAUCUUGACUUCGCCGGCGGCUAUGGCUUCUAGCAGAGACGUGGAAGAGAAGGCGAAGCAAUCAGAAAAAUCAUUGAGAAAAGUAAUAUUCAAAGUGUCUGGAGAUAUUUCAAACAAACCAGUAGAUGAAGGGUUUAGUCGGUGGAAUUGCACAAUAAAGAGCACCCACCACCAUGAGAUCGACGUACAAACUUGCGCUAAAUUGGAGUCUGUCCACAUCGCCAUUUGA